UUUAAUUUUCAUUGGAUGAUAAAAAUAGUAACAUCAAUUAGCGCAGUAAAAUGGAAGCUGUUCGAUGAUUGACAGAAGUCAACGCGUAUUUUCGUUCUUAAUUAUAGGCUAUUUAACAUGUGAUUUUCACUAGAGGAUUCUUUUAUUAUUCUUUCUAAAGAAAACCCAGCCGAGAAGAUUUUGACUGGAAACAUUGUAAUUGGAAUUUGUAGAUAAGAGCAAAGAGGGAGGGACAUCAAAAAAAAUUACCUCAAUUCGUUCAUGACCAACUCAUUUUGUGAGGGAGGUUGACUGUUGAAAAUCAGCAAGCUGGAGCAGACACGCUUUUACGGAAUCGAAAAUAACAUGGCCCAGGGUCGGCCAAUUAAAUGUGUUGUGGUGGGAGAUGGUACCGUUGGUAAAACCUGUAUGUUGAUAUCAUACACGACAGACAGUUUUCCUGGAGAAUAUGUCCCAACAGUAUUUGAUAACUAUACAGCUAACAUGAUGGUAGAUGGGAUAGCUGUUAGUCUAGGAUUGUGGGAUACCGCAGGACAAGAAGAUUACGAUAGAUUACGACCUCUGUCUUACCCACAAACGGAUGUUUUCCUGAUAUGUUUUAGUGUAGUUAGUCCGUCUUCCCAUGAAAAUGUAGUCACAAAAUGGAAUCCUGAGAUUAAACAUCAUUGUCCUGAUGCUCCAGUCAUUGUAGUAGGAACCAAAAUAGAUUUACGUGAAAAUAAAGAAGCCAUUGGACAAUUAGCUCAACAAGGAUUGUCACCAAUCAAGCGAGAACAGGGUAUUAAAUUAGCCAAUAAAAUUCGAGCUGUCAAAUAUAUGGAAUGUUCAGCUUUAACUCAGCGAGGACUUAAACAGGUAUUUGAGGAAGCUGUUAGAGCAGUUAUACAUCCACAGCCUGUGAGGCCUAAAAACAAAUCCUGUAGACUGUUAUGAAUAACUACAAUCAAUUAUUGUGUAUAGUGUGUAACUUAUUACUCAUGCUGAAUGGCUAAAUUUCUAUGUAUCUGUAAUCGAUUACUGAUCCUCAAACACAGCAAGCUGCUGCCAGCUAAAUGAACUUCUUAUCCUCAUAGACUGGGCUGGAGAGAUACACUGCAGUAUCAUCAAGUGUAUAAGAUUGGAAUUUGCAAAAUGCAUCUGUAAUUUGUAAUGGAACAUAUCUGUAAAGAGUGGUAUUUUUAGGCGAAUCUGUAAAUUUGCUUCGGAACAAAUCUGUAAAGAUUGGAAUAUUUAGGUGAACCUGUAAUUUGCUUCAGAACAAAUCUGUAAAAAGUGGUAUUUUCAAAUGAAUCUGUAAUUGGAUUUAGAACAGAUCUUAAAAAAGUGGUAUUUUCAGACAAGUCUGUAAUUUUAUCUAUAUAUAGUGGCAUUUUCAAAUGAAUCAGUAAUUGGAUUUUGUAAAGAGUUACUUUCAAAAGAAUCUGUAAUUUGAUUGAAACAGAUAUCUUAAGUGUGGCAUUUUCAAAUAAAUCUGUAAUAAGUGUAAUUAAAUUGAAAACUGAUCCAAAUUGACAAGAAUUUUUAAUACACCAUUAAUAUAAAAUGGAACAAGGUUUCAUAUACAUUGGAAUCUUAGAAUGAACAUAGACUGAACCAUCUAACUUGUGUUCUUUAAUUGAAUCUGUAAUGCCAAUUAGUGUCGCUUAAUUGAAUUAAUCAAUUACUGAUCUUCUACAUUAUUAAUAUAAUGACUUACUGUAAUCAGAUAUUGCAGUUAGGAUCAAGUCUCCCACUGAAUCUGUAAUCAGGUCCAAGUCUUAAAAGUUUGUGUGUCUAAGACUGCAUCAGUAAUGAGUAUACAUGAAUGAUUCUUACAGAUUUAUCAUAUGGCCAUUUUUGCUGCUUAUCAUAUCAGUUGAGGAUUAAGAGUUGCUGGUUCUUUCACAGAUGUCUAAAUGUGUGCUUUAUUUUAUAAAAAAAACAAAACAGUAAUACAUUGAGAUGGGAAUGCAUGUCAUAAAUUACGUUCGGAAAUGGAUCUUCGUGCAUUCAGUGUUUUUUUUAUAAAUAGGUCAACUUGGCUAAUGCAUCGUGUAUGUGAUAUUCAUAUUUCAUUGAACCUUCUUCUCAAAGUUCAACACCUAGAAGAAAUAUCAUGCUUUGUCGUUUCUUGAGGAUUCAACAGUCUAUGUUUCUAAGUUAUAUGUGUGGGCCAACAAGUGAAAUUUGGAUUUAGCAGUAGAAAUGUUGAAAGUUUAGCUUCAGAAGUGAAAACUACAUUUUCAAGGAAUCGGUCAGAAUCCAUCAGUCAGGAAUGAUACAAAAAGGUCGGUAAACCAUCAAAAGCUAUUUCAGAAUUAAAAGGGACUUACUUUAAUCUAGCAGUUGAGAGGGAAUGUAACAUCAGCAGCUGAGAAGUGGAAAGAUUUUUGUUGAUGAAGGAUACUUUUUGCUACUGUUUGAUGAUGAUGAUGAUGAUGAUGAUGGUGGAAUGAGUGCCUACACAAAAUGAUGUACAUGUAUAUAGACAGAAUUUUUUAAGUGAAUUGAUAAGGCCUGUGGUCUGAGUGGGCAAAAAAUAUAUACAUGUGUAUUAAACUUUUUUUAUUCUGAUUAUUACGCUAUGUGGCAAUUUUAUUUUUUGUGAAUCAUAUUUUUUUUGGAGAAUUUUAUAACUUUCUGGUAAAGAUGUUUUUUACAUAAUGUAUGACAUAAACUGAAGCAUAAUGUUUUUUUUUUUUUUU